AUAAUAGUGUUGCGUUCAGGACCGCGGGGUUUCACGGUAAUUACUCUGCUUCAAUAGGUUUAACCAUGAGCCUCUAACCCGUGACGGUCAUGAGGGUUUUUCCCCCUCUCCGCUCUACGGCUGCUACACUGAGUCAGGCGAGAUUUUGGAGCAGUGAAAUAGCACAGAGCUCAGAGGAGCCAGUCUCUCUCAGAAGGCACCCUGACCAGAGGAACCGUUCCCUGCCAUCUAAUUAUCCAAUUUGCUGAAUGCCGUGUAAUCGAACAGACGGAAUGCCUCGUGGAGACUUCAACAUUUAUUUUGCCAGCAGCAGACGAGGAUAUGUCAGAGCUGAGGAGGCAGUGGGCAUAGUUCUGCUGGUGGUCAUCCUGGCAGCUCUCCUCAUACUGGGCUGCUGGUUUUUCAAGAAGAGAAGCGGCUAUAAAUUAAUCAGGAGCCCCAGGUCAGGGUCACCCGGUUUCACAGGGGGCCAGUAUUCAGAGGCAGGACCUUCAGCAGAGAACAAGAUGGCUCUAACUGACUUUGGCAGCUUCCGACCUGCGAUUCCUAAUGCUCCCCCAGCCUAUGAAAAGAUUUCCACAGGGCCGCUGCCUCCUCCCUAUUCCCCUUAAAAGGACUUUUGGACAAGAUUUUGGACAGACUCCAAAAUUCAUCUGUUGUCUGAUGAUAUAUAUUCGACGUUGAUGUCACUGUCAAUAUGAUGUCUUUGUAGUCAAACAUACAAUUAGGUGGAAAUGAUGUAUCCCUCACUUUGUAAAAAUUAUUCAUAUGAAUGAAGACAAUGUAUAUACAGUCAGUUGUUUCAAUAAACAAUAAAAAAUGAUUUCACAAGAGUCUGUAUGUAAGGAAGGUCAAUCACACUUGUUGGGGACAGUCGCAUUGUUUAUUUCCAUGCAGUAACGCCCACAUUUGUUCAAUGAAAAUGUACCUAGUAAAUAUUUUUGAAAAAUCUAUAUGGUAAAAAUAAAUAAAUGUGACUUCAAAACUUUUUAUAUGGGCUCAAACAUGUAGUACAAAUUCUUCUAUUAGUAUAUUUAUAUUUCUAAAAAGUAAAAUGUAGUCAUCAGUUACUAGUUGAAAAGGACAGCCUGACAUUAUCCAGGUACAGUUAUAUUGUUCAAAUUGAUGGAUAAAGUAGAGCAAGUUGUGCCACUGAAUAGUAUCCCAAAUAUUACUCCUUGAAGCAGUAUCUAAUGGCACUGAAACAUAUUAUAAAAGCUUGAGUUGUAAUUCACUGUACCUACUUUCCCAUUCUACUGAAUUGUUAUAACAGUUGUCAUUACUGGCCAUGAAGUAAAAAAAAAAAAAAAAAA